CGGCUGGCUUUCCUUCGAGGCGAGUCGGGGCCGUUAGUGUCGUUGCCGUUGUGAGAGGAAUAGUGGUGUGUGAUGCGGAGCACGCAUCCUGAAGGACGUAUUCGUCGCAUACCCCGAAGAGUUCGCGUCCCUUCAUUUUUUAUUACGAUUCCCUCCCUCGAGUGAAUUCCCGCGGGACCGGCGCGUCACGUUCUCCAAAAUCUUGAACUCCGCUCGUGGUCCAGCUCUCUCUCUCUCUCCUCUCAUCCUCGUCGAAAGACUUCGUCGUGCGGUAACGCUUCGCGUGGCAGCGACUCUUCCUUCCGUGCGCGGAUGCCCGCGUAAACGGUAGUAACCACGUAAGUUGUUGCGCGGUGAAUGUGAGGUGAAGCUAACGGAAGAGACGAAGAAGGCUUCGAAGAGGAGAGUCUCAUCAGAGAUAAAAUUACCGAGAUGCCGUGCUCCGCGGUGACGCUGUCCCUCGCCACCAUAACCGGUAUCAUCGCCACUGCCCUUCUGGCGAUCGCCUUUUCCACGGACAACUGGCUCUAUACCGAGGUCAAGCGCGCCCAGAUCCAGCAAUACGCGAGCAAGCAUGCCGAGCAGAGCAACUUGAUAGAGCAAAUGAACAAGAAGUAUUAUUAUUACACGAGGACUCAGGGCUUAUUCAGGAUAUGUUAUCCCAAAGAGAGACCACCGACAGUCGAGACUUAUUUGAGCCCUGUGGAGACACAUUGCAUGAAUAUCGACUAUUUUAUUCCCGAUGAAGAAAAUCAGACGAGGGGUUUCAAUGACGACGCAAUGGCACGACUACAUAUGGGGAGAUCUGUGAUAGCUCUCUUCAUGGUCGGCUUUUUCGCGAUAUUUUCGGCAUUUUGGACGGGAGUAGUCGGAUGUUGGAGAAGAUCACCAGGAAACAUUACGGCCACGGCGAUUCUAAUGUUAUUUGCCUGUCUACUGAGUGCUGGUGGUAUGGGCUUAUGGCAUGGCGUAGAGUAUUAUGAAAAAGAGAAACUCGUCGGGGAGGAAUAUUAUCAACAAUGGAGCAACGUUUUAAAAGAAAACACGGCGCAAUGGUACGACUGGUCGUUUUAUCUUGCCUGGCUGGGGGUGGCUACGUGUCUGGGUACGAUGACGCUAUUCCUGAUCGCGGCAUCCUGCCUGAGAAGGGAGCGUGCCCGCGAACAGGCCCAGAACGUUCAGUACAUUAUGCCAGUAUACCCGCAAAAGCAGCAAUACGCGUAUGCCGGAUAUCCGGCACCAGCAGCAUAUCCGGGACCAUAUUAUCACGGUUCUCAAUAUGGACCCUACAACUAUUGAAGGAACUCGGCCGGUCGGCAUCGAAGGAAAGAAAGUAAUCCAGGCGCGUUCGUCGCCAGUAUCGAAAAAAAUUCACUAUCGUGUCAUUUAGCAGGAUGAGGACGAAAAAUAUUCAAUAUGAAAUUUAAGAGACUCGCUGAGAGAUCGAUCCGUGAUUGAUAGGGUACAAAGAAUAUAUCGAUUCGAAGGACCUCCGAUCUCAAGCGUAACUUAUCCCUACAUAUAAUUAAAAAUUCGUGGCUCUCUGAAUGUUGCUCCGAAAUAAGGAUGUCGCCACGAUAAAUUCCCAAAAGCAAGCUCUUUUCUUCCCGCGAUAGUCCGAUCGUUUGGUUCCAUCUAACCGGAGGCAAGAACCCAAACAAGACGAAAGGCCGAAAGACGUUUGAGAGAAAGUUUCUAAAGAAAGCCCGAAAAAAUAUACGGGAACGCCUUCUUUGGACGUUCUUACUCGCGUCUUUCAGACGUUCGCGUUGUCUGGAAAGACUUGCGCGAAACGGUUGCUCAAAAUCCGCGUACUUAAUAUUUAGAAGUGAGAAAUUAUUUUGUACUUUUUUUCCAGUUCAAUAAAAUAUAAGCACACCGAUCAUCCUUCAUGCAUCCUUCCCGCGUGUGCAUAUAAGAACGUGUGAAUUCGCGCUCGCGAAAGAUAUGCGUUCGUCGUUUCCAGCGGACUCCGAUGAUCGAUUUUAUCGAGCUUUCUCGAAUUCUCAUUAAGGAACGUUAGAUCGUUGAUUUAUUCAAUCUUGUGGUGACGAUUCCGCAAGAAGAGAAGGUCCGAUAGAAAAAUUGUUAAUCGCCCCGAGGAAACUUGAUAAAAACAGUCGCGAGUCUCGUAAUUGAAUUGAUCGACCACGUCGAUCGAAUUCAGAUCUGCGAAGCUUUGUGACGCCGCGUUUAUCUUUAUUUAUUUAACGCGAUCGAAGCUCAAAUCUCUCUCGAAGAGAAGACAGCCGUCGUCGAGUUGCGCAAGCAAAGUGGAAACGUUCGUGUAUGGACGCUCUCACUUCUUGGUAGUACCAAAUAUUAAAUAAAUAUAUGUCGACUCAACACACGCAAGAAAAAAGAGAUUGAAUUGCGAUUUCGCGAAAAUAUUUGUUCGCGUCGCGAAUUUAAUUUAACUUUUUCGAUAACGGAACCGAUAGAUCUUAAUUAAAGAUAUCAAAACGCACAACAGUUAUAGCAUAUACAAGAUAUGAUUUGAAAGAAAACGGUAAUAUUUACAGUUUUCCCUAAAUUAUCUUAUAUUAAAUGUAUAUAUUUCAAUGAGAAUCUAUCGUGCUCCAGAGUGCUGUUGGAACGCAUACUUAAUAAAUUAGAAAUUUUACUCGAAAAAAUUAAAGCCACUUUCUCGAAUACAUAUCGUAACAUAUAAUGUAAACAUUUAUAUAAUAUGUGGUGCUACUAGGAUCGUUGACAAUUUGUUAACGAGUUCGAAAUUUAUUUAGUAUGUAGCUUUUUUGAUAAUGUCGAUUUGUAAGAUUCAUUACAUCGAUAUCAUUUUAUGUAAGGAUAUUUAAGAAGUAAGAAAAAAUACACUACUCUUUCUCUCUUCCUCUAUCUAUCUUUCUUUCUUCAAUUAUUUUAUAUAUACAUAACAUUUUUCAGUAAAUAAACUAUAUCGAAAUCA